ACUCUCUUCCUAGUCCCUCCCUUCUCCUCUUCCCAGAUCCUACCCUCCGCCCCCGGUCAAGACACCAGGUGCCCCCGGUUGGCUGAGGUGUUUUCUCCCGAAGUGUGGUUCGGUCUCACGUUUCCUUUGCGCUGCUUGUGCUUCCCAUUCAGCAGAUCCGCAGUCUUUUGGAGACCUUGGGUUAAAGCCAGAGGCGAGAAAGAGGAAGGGACGCUGCACUAUGCAGCGGAGACGAUACCCAAUGGUCCAGGAAUGAUUCAAGCCUCAGGAAAGCUUUUCCAGUAUACACACCCAGUCAGGCUAUUUUGGCCAAAAUCAAAGUGUUAUGAUUACUUAUAUCAAGAAGCAGAAGCUCUUCUGAAAAUUUUUCCAAUUCAAGCGACAAUUUCAUUUUAUGAAGAUUCCGAUAGUGAAGAUGAAAUUGAGCAGCUGACCUGUGAAAAUUAAUCUAAUUAGUUACUUUUGAUGAUAUUCAAAGCUCAUGGGCUUUGGUGUAUAAAUGUAUCAUAAUCUUUUAAACUAAUUUAUUUGUAUAUAAUUUAUUAAUAAAAGGAAAUAUUAUAUAAAUA